AUGAAAAUUUUUGGUAAUAACGAUCAAUAAGUGAAUCUAAAAGGUAUGAAUGUGGGUAAAUAGUUCGGUUUAGUGUGUUUUUUGCGGAAAAACAGGAUAACCGGUGAUAAUGUCUUCUGCACCAAAGACUGGGUUAAGCCGCAUCCCAACUUUCGGUUCGCGGAUCCCGCACGCAGAGUCGAAGCCCGUCGUCGUCUCCGCCACUGGCACCAUCAGCACCGACAGCGAAAUCACCGCCAAGAACAUAGGCAACCGCGUACGCGUCGGCGACAAAGAAGGAAUCCUCCGUUUCGUCGGCGAAGUCAAGUUCUCCAAGGGAGUGUGGUGCGGAAUCGAACUAAGCACAUCGGCCGGUAAGAACGAUGGCUUCGUUAACGGCAUUCGCUACUUCGCUUGUCCGGACCGCCGCGGGUUGAUGGCGCCACUGGCCAAAGUUUCGCUCGUCAACGCCAACUGUGAAACUAUCGAAAAUGCGUCAGGACCGUACUCGAUGCUUUUUAUUAAUGCGCGCCAAGGCAGAAACCACGAAUUGGAACGAGCCGUUAGUCAUGAAGAACUAGUACAGGAAAGAAUUGCAAAAAAGUUCAAUAUUUCAAGGCAUGAAACUACUAAAAAACUACACCAAAACCUCAAUAACACCACUACCAUUGAUAAAAAAUGUCUACAACAAACGACAAAUUUAAUCAUUCCGAAACCUAUAGAAAUUAAUAAAAAGAGAUCUAAUGACACAAUAGACUCACCUAAAUCAGAAUCUGCUGCUUUAGAAUCAGAAAACAAAAACAGAAAAAACGAGGACAUUCCCAAGUACUUCCCGAUAGACAAAGCUUGCGAAAAUCUAUUAAAAGACUCUAGUUCGGAAGUUAAGAGACGCAGAACUUCAAAUCCAAAGAUUCAAAAGCUCGAUGCGUUAGUUUUAAGAAGUCUUAACGAAAAUAUCGACAAACCUUCGUCACUGCCUCAACUUAAAUGUAGUAGAAGCUCGAUAGACUCCUUCGGUAUAGGGAUAUAUAACUCAUCAACUUCGGAACAAACGGAUGGUGAUACCACGUUAAAAAUUUUGCGAUUAUCCGGGGGGAAACAGGAUCUCAAUGCUACCACGAAUUUCGAAGACGAUAGUAGUAAAAGAGAUUCUUUGGAGUUUGAUGAAUCGUUAGGAAUACUUACUCCUGAUGAAAUGUGUUCUCAGUUUUUAAAUUCGCAAAUACGUUCACCAAGUUUAGAAGAAUACGACAAAAACAUUAACGAUUUUUUCUCUAGUACGAAUAGUAAUAGAAAACUCGACAUUGAUAGUCCUAGAGAUGAUAGUUUAGGUCUAAUAGAAGAGAAAUUAAUAAAUUUAAGUAUGAGUAAGACGAAACCGUUAAAUUUAGAUGUUCCGCAAGUUAAAGAUAAUAAAGAAGACGUACAGAGUCCAAAUUUAACUGAUUAUAGUCUUGGUAUUAUAGAUGAACAGGUGUUUGGGAACCUUACAAUGAAAACAAAUACAGUUAACAUGGAACUACCAUUAGACGUUGAAAAAUCGACUUUAAAUCGUAUGGAACAAACUCCCUCUCCGGAAGAGCUACCUUUGGAUCCAACAAAUUUAACUGAGUACAGUCUGGGCGUCAUAGAUGAACACGUCCUUUCAAAUUUAACAAUGAAAACAGAUACUACCGUUAACAUGGAGCUACCAUUGGAUGCUGAAAAAUCAGCUUUGACUCGUAUGGAACAAACUCCAUCUCCAGAAGAAUUACCCUUGGAUCCAACUCCUAUAGUAGAAUGCGAUCCGAAAACAGAACCUAGUAAAUCAAAGACUUCGAAUAGCUUCAUCAAUAGCAUUACCAGCAUUACUAGUUUAGAUACAGGGUAUCAAGGAGAUGGUGAGAUGUCAAGACCAGCGAGUAGAGGUGCUGAUAAUUCUCCAUUAACUAGGAGACCACUGCCUCGACCACAAUGUAGAAGAGUUGAUCCUAUGACAGAUUCAGAUUUUUAUACAGAAAGUGAUGCUGAUAACCACGAGGAGAAUCAUUUAAGAGGUGACAGAAGAGUCCAAAUUAUAGACGGUACACUUUAUGGUAUAGAUCCACAAGCUGCUGCAGAUAUUUAUGUCAAUAAUCGAGAAAACAUGGACUCUAGUGGUAUUUUUACGGAUAUAGAAACAAACACUAGAAACGAAGAUGACUUCAUUCGCAUGGAAGUACCGGAUGUGUCGCCAUCAGACACAAGUUCUAAAACAAUAUCUGAAAACAGCCAAGACAAUAUUCAACAGAUCAUCGAAAAGUCGGCUGAAAAGAAGGCGGAACAAGCAAUUUCCAAAGACAACCCAAAGAAACGAAAUGCUCCUAGUCCAGGCAUAUCUAGUCCUUCUAGUUUUUCUUCUCCAAGACAUGGUGCUAAAGAUGACAGUGCUGCUAAGAAGUAUAAAAUGCCAAAGAGAGAGGUAGUAUCCAAAGUUAAAGCUAUGAUUGAUCCUCCGAACGAGCAGAAUAAUGAAAAGAAAACGGUUAAGAAGCCUGCCGGUAGAUGGGACGCGGUUAUGAGUAAAAUAAGUAAAAACGAACAGAACAAAACAAAUUUGAAGGAAGUGAAAUCUAAAGUGUUUAAUGCGGUUAAUAAUAAUACGGCUGUUCCUCAAAGAAAAGCGGUUACGAGGAGUCCAGGAAGUCAGAAGAAUCCAAAUAGUAAACUUACCGCUUCUUCUUCUGCUACAACACGCACGGAAUUAACAGAUAACAAAACAAAAAUUUCUCCUCGGCUGCAGUCCAGGUUGAUAAACACAACGAAGUCUAAAACAACCUUAACUGGGAGGAUCAUUCCAACGAAAUCUUCAGCAAUAUCACAAUUUUCACGAAGCACUUCAGCUGCAGCUUUACAAAAUGGUCAAAAAAGUACAAAUAUAAAGCUCAAUGGCAAUUCCAGUGUUUCUCCAGUCGCAUUGAAACGUCCUAGUAGAGCAUCGACUGCAGUCAAUAUGGUGGAGAGACGUAGGAUUCGCAACAGGCCCAACAGUGGUCCUUCUCCAAAAACAAUUGCUGGAAUCAAUUUGGAGAGUAGUAUCCACAGUUCGUUAAGCGACGUUAGUGCUGCCACCUUACCACCAACGAACAAACCAAUUGGGUCUGCUAAAAAACGAGCAGAUGUGGUACAAGUGACACAAGUGUUAACAGCCAAUAAGCUGCCAGCAAGGGCGCAACAAAACACAGCAGCUGAGAAUAAGAAAAAUGCAACUUUACAUUCAUCUCCAACGACAGAUCCAAAAACAAGGAGAACUAUAUUUUCUUCGAAAGAUAAAAAACCUUCAACAAUCAAAGAGUGCACAAGAGGUACAAUCAAAGGGGGUCGUACGUCGCCCACCGUUCGGCCCCCUGCAACAAUCAGGGUUCCUCAAGUUAAGCAGCCUCCUGUUGCCGAAGCACUUGCCGUUCUAGUACAACAUCUUGUUUUUAAUGUUCAAGCCUAUCAAGUUCCCAACUUGAAACGCCAAGUAGAAAAAUUACGUAUAGAAUCUGAUGAAAUUAAACUAGCCUAUCAGCAGCUCGAAGAAGCUCUAUCUCAAGAAAAAUUACAACACUCGAGGGCGAUCGAAGAUGAAAGGAAGAGGUAUCAAAGUGACGCCACGUUAAUAAUUGAGAAGCACAGACAUGAAGUUUCAGAAUUAAACCAACAUUAUGCCGAGCUAGAACAACAAAUCUUAUCAGAAAAGGAAAAUACUCAUCAAGCCUUAUGCAAACAACAUGAAGAACAACUCUCCACCGUUAAGAAAGAGUUUGACAAGUUGCAAAGAACCCACGAAGAGUCUCUGGACAUUCUCCGAGAAGAAAAUGAUUCCAUUAGAGAACAAAUCGACGAGAAGCAGAUGGAAAUAGAUAGGAUUAAACACGAAAGUAAGAAGCUAAAGGACGACUACGAAACAAAAGAAACCGUUCUGAAAGAGCACAACCACAAACUGAAGCAACAACUGAAUAAGAUAGAAGGAGAUUUUGAGGAAAGACUUAAAGGCUUGGUGGAAGAAAAUAAAAGGCUGAGAGAGGAGAAUGAUAGGCUAUUGAGCUAUGGAGAUGAUAAAGGAAUUAGUGUACAGGAAGUACAAUCGCUUCGAGUAGUCUUAGAACUGAAACAAAAUGAAGUAACUGACCUUCGCAAAUCGUUGGCAGAAGCAAACCAAAGGGCUGAGCUUUUAGAAGGCGCUGAAGAAAGGGCUAGAGUGCUUAAUGCUAGGUGUGAAGAUCUUCAGUUACAACUGGAAAGGAAAGCAGAUUCUGAAAAAUGUUUAGUUCAAGAAAAUCGCAAACUUCACGACAGCUUUAAAGAAGAGAAUAACCAGAACCGCAGAUUGUCACAACGCAUCGAAGAAUUUCAGUGGAAACUAAAACAGAACACAGAAGUCCUCAACAAAGUGAUGGAACGUGCCGAAGAAAGUGUGUUUAACAGAUCCCUGAUCUCUUCCAGCUUCAACGAGAAGCACAGUUCUACACGAUUAAGCUUAGAACGUGCUAUGUCCUUCAGGGAGCGCAGUUAUUCAAGAAGAUAUUCGAACAAUGGAGACGAUCUAAUAGAUAGAAAGUCGCCACCAACAUCUCCAAAAGUAAAGAGCAUGGUCGAGAAAUCAGACUCCGUGAGUUACGUAUUGGAGAUGGACGAAAGUCCCGAAGUCGUUGCCAGUAGGAUCGUCAGGGGCAGCUUCCGAAAUACGACACCUUCGAAAAAUACGCCCACCAAGUCGCCUUCGAACAAGCGUCCACGUAUACGCAACCCCCUUAGCCAGAGUUCGUCAUCGGGUGCUAUUAUUUCUACUAAUAGGAACGAACUCGACAGGCCGCGCUCAGCCAACUCGAGAAACGGCGACUCCGAUAACGACAGCGUGUUCAUGUGGUCGCCGAACAUCAAAUACGACGAACACCAAGACGAAAGCUACGAAUCAUCAAACUCGAGCAUGAAGCUCGAAGAUCACGACCAUCUCGACCUGGAUGAGGACAACGACGAUGAUCUACCGUUGCCUGCGUUGCCCAGCGAGCUCGACAGACGAAACGGCGCACAGGCUCUUCUGCCGAGCCCCAAGCACCUGGCGGGGGAGGCCAUGAUUUCAGAAAGCAACUCUGAGGACGAGAGUACGAGUUCGUCGCAAUUGUGAGACGAACUUUCUUUUUAAGUUUGUCUUAACUUUAUUUUUGAGAAUAUUUUGUAAAUUUAGUACUUUAUAUACAUAAAAGUUUUAUUUGACAACUGAUAUUUUUAAUGAUGUUUAGUCAUAUUUUUUGUUACAUGUUUUUCUAUUAGUUUUAUAUUUUAUUAUUUUAUUAGUUUUUAGGGGCCAGUCUAUUGGGAAUAAGUAAAAUUUAAAUAUGUAUUAGUUUGGAAGAUGAUUCUGUGUUUGAUGAAAUAAGUGUUUUUCAUCAUCAUCAUCAUCUGUAUAUUCAACUGGUAAAGUAACUGGUUUAAUGAUUUAGUUGUCUUAGGUUGUUAACUAAUUCUUAUCUUCAGAUAAUUUUAGUUCGCUUUCAGGAUUUCCGAUUUUGUGAGUAAAAGGAAACCUUCCUAGAAGUAGUACCCUAAUAACACCAAACAUUCCAUGUAUGUUCCUAGAAUGUACACACAGGAUAUUCAAAACAUUCCUGGAAUGUCCUCAAAAGCACAAGAAUGUCCCAGGAAAGUCCUCUGUCAGCAUUUUAAACAUUCCUUGUAUGUCUUGUUGGAACAUUCCAUGAAUGUCUACGAAUGUUAUUUGCACAUUCACAGUAUAUUUUUUAUACAUUCCCUGGAUAUAGUUCCCUGAUGUGACAAACCUCCAAUUUGUUUUUUAUAAGUUUUGUAAGACUAAAAACUUUUUUACAGUCACCUCCUAUGUUCAUAUGAUAUUUUUUGACAUGUUUUGUAGUAAAUUCAACUAUCUAUUUACUACAAAACAUGUCAAAAUUUACAUGUGAAAACAGGAGAUGACCCUAAAAAUGUUUUUUCGUCUCCUACAAAAUUCAUGAAAAAGCAGAUAGGAGGUAUUGUCACAUCAUCGACGAUAUACCAGAAGUAUAUAUGGCCAUACCAAAUAAUACAUCCUUGAUCAAUAUAAGCAAUUUUAUUGCACAAAAUCUUGUCAUAUAUUUUUUUCCAUAAUCAUCACUACGAUGAUGAUUCAUUGUAUUGAAUUGUACAUUAGAAUUACAAUCUGGUCAUAACUGACCAAUGAGCAAUUUUAAUUUAACCUAAAUUACUACAGUUCCUUAAAAUGAAGAGCUUACCCCAUAUCGUCUCUUAUCUAAUUUAACAAUAUCGUGCCUUAUUCUAACAUACACAGGCACACAAGCACUAUGCUCUGCUUUUCACUAUCACCUAUCACUCAAACUAGUUCAAAAGGCUUUAUCCUCUUUAAUCUUCUAGUUUGUCCAGUAGUAUCGAGAAGCAGGAUUUCCUCAAUAUUCUUGUAGGUACUUAUGAAGUUGUUGCUCGUGACUUCCAACUUUACUAUAACUUUAAAAACAAAUCCAGCUGUAAAAUAUUUAUGUGCCUGAAGGCUUUUGUAUGCUUUCAUCUUCUGCUUAGAGUAGUAACUGUAAGACUCCACCAGAUAUGUAUAAUAAAUAUCUAUAAUAGUAAUUUGGUGGAAUGCACUUUACUGUAAAAUCCAAUUCUGACUGAAUUGUAUAUGGAUGUAAAUCCCCAAUUAUUUUCAGCUUCAAUAAAUAUCUAAAAGAAUAAUAGAAAUAAUGUUAUUGCUUGCAAAAUUCAUCAAUAUUGAUAAAUAUCAGGGAAAAAUGAACAGUAAAUAAAAAUUGUUUCCCCUACCUUUCUUCAACAUCUGGAGUUUCCAAUAAUAAUUUCCUUAAAUAAUCACAUCGCAUUGUGUUAAAUUUUAAAGUUCACAAAAUACAGCAAACUAAAUCCAAAUGAAUCCAAAAUAGACAAAACACGACGAUAAACAAUGAAAAAUAGAUAUUACAAACAUAACCUCUGUAACUUUUUGUAUGCCAUUUGCCAACCAGAAGUCACGUGGUUUGGAUUGCCCAAUACAUAGAUACAGGCGCGGCAAAUUUGAAAAUGAACGCAAAUUGAAUAGUAAAUGGCCUCUCUUAAAAUAUAGGACAUUGGUAGUAUGUUCAUAGAAUGUCUUGUGGUAACAUUCCACCAAUAAUUUAAUUAGAUGUUCACCGAAUGUUCCUUGAAUGUCCAGGACAUUCAAACAUUAAUAGAACUUUGAUAGUACAUUCCUGGAAUGUUUUGUGUUGUUAGGGUAGUAACAUUUCAUUACUUUUCGCUUAGCUAUUAUGCAAAUGAAAAUUAAAAAUGAACCCCCUGUUAUGAUAGACAAAAAGCCCUAAUUCUCAAAAUUAUAUAUUUUUUUCAUUUUUGUAGGUUCUAUGUGAGUCAAAAAUAAGACUAAACACAAUCUUAGCGCCAUUAGUUUUUUUUUUCGAUGGGUUGAAAUCAAUUUAAAAAUUUCAAAAAAUUGCCACACUUAGUUGAGGCUUUUUUCAAAACUUAUCUAUUUUUUGUACACCCGUAGAUUGAGUGUACAUAACAUAUUUUUAGGUGCAGGUCUAUUUUUUAUUUUGAGUAUUUUAUCAAAUAAUAUAUUUCUGAUUUUUCUCAGAUUUUUCAGUAAGGUACGCCAUCUUCAAAAACCCGGAAAACUGAUUUUUAGGGGUUUUUUAUGAUUUUCAAAUAGAUCAAAUCAAUAUUUUUUAUAGGUUAUAUAUAAUUUUACUGAUUCCUUUAGAACAUUAAAAAAUUGGGCGAAACAUCUUUAAGCCCCCCCCCCCAAAACAUGUUUUUCAAGGUUUUAACGUUUUUUGCCAGGGGUUUUUGAAAGGGGUUCCCUUACGAAAAAAUCUGAAAAAGAUCACAAAUAUAUUUUUUGAUACAAUUAACAAAAUAAAAAGUAGACUUGCAGCUACCUAAAAAAGAAAGUAAUAUGCUUCUUUUUUAUAAAAAAUAUGUAUUUUUACGUUAUGUAUGUACACUCAACCUACGGGUCUAUAAAAAAUAGACGAGUUUUGUAAAAGCCACAGUUGUGGGUCUGAAUUUUUUUAAAAUUUUUAAAUUGAUUUUAAUCCGCCGAAAAAAAAUGUAAAAACGAAAAACAAAACGUUUUUGGGGGAGGGGGAAGGAGUGGCGGAUAAAAUUGCACUGAGUGUUAUUUUUAAUCACAUAGAACAUACAAAAAUGAAAAUAUUGAAUUCCGGAAGGGAGGCCAUUUUAAAUAUCUUAACGGGGGUACCCUUUCUCAAACUAUAGAGUGCUAAAUACAAUAAUGUCUCGAUUUAUAUCAUUUAGGGAUGGCUUUAAGAGAAAACGAUUUUCUUAGAUCUUACAUACAGAUUUUUCCUGUUUAUUAAUAGACUGGUCUCUAAUCUUGUACCCAAUUUACUGUUCGACAUUGUUAUACAAUUUCCUUACAAAUAAGUUUCAUGAUAGGCAUGUUUUUAAAGCAUUACUUAAUUUACAAGUACCAAAUAAGAAAGUUAGUCUAAUAACGAUAGGUGUUGGCAUGGUUGUCGCAUUUGUUGUUACAUUCUGUCACUGUCAAAUUCAACAUGCUAACAGUUUGUUUCAGAUAAUUUGGUCUUGUUUUAAAGACCUCUCUGAACUUAGAUUUAUACUUUUAGUUUUACUUUAGUUUUGAUAGGUUCGCAGAGGGUGCAUAGAUUUAGAUAUAUUUUAGUCAACACACAGUCUUAAGCUGGGAUCCAAUGGAGUGUGUGUGGCACGGUUCACCAGUUUACGUCGGCGAAGAGAAAUAUAAAAUAUAUAAUAGUGAAAAGAAACAAGAGCACGGUUGGUACCCCACGUUACUAUGGCAUUAAUAAAUAUUUACUUUUUGAUAAAUUCGGUGGACCAUCCCUGUCCCUUAGAGUAUCGAGGUAAACAACCAGUGUGAGCGGUAGAAAUUUUAGUAAGUUGGUUAAUUCAGAAAAUGAUAAAAAUUACAACACAACGUAGUUAGACCACAAAAUUACCACGACACUGACCGUACUAGCCGCUAGGCUAAUUAAAAGGGUCUGUUUCAGCUUCUAACUUUCUUUUAACUGUGUUCAUUUACCGACAAAUGACGGGAAAGCUCACACCACUCCGCAUCGGCCAUAAGUAGAGGGUUCAGUAGGCCAUAAAUCACAAAUUCUGAAAGAAAUAACGCGAUUUUCCGUAUUUAGUUUUUACCUUUUUGUAUUAGAUAUUUUCUACUUCUCAAAGCGUGUCAUGCCACCUUCCGUUGGUUCUCAGCUUUACAGUUAUUGGCUCGUGAACAGUCAAGUACACACAAAGGGAAGUAUAGUAUUUUUACUACAAAAGCGAUAUUACGUAGGUCAAAAUUUUUGACGUAAGAGAACUGUCAAAACAUUAGAAUGUGACUUUUCAUUAUUGCCAUGUUUAUUAAUAAACAUAUUAUUAAUAAACAUGGCAAUAAUGAAAAGUCACAUUCUAAUGUUUUGACAGUUCUCUUACGUCAAAAAUUUGACCUACGUAAUAUCGCUUUUGUAGUAAAAAUACUAUACAUGAAUAAUGAAUAUACUUUUUUAUUAUUUUAGAAUAACAGUUUAACGAAUACACUAUCAUAUUUUAUAAGAAAUAAAGGUGCUUCGUAACAUUUUUUUAAGAUUUCAUUUCCCCCUUUAUAAUAGUACUUCCACUACCUAUUUAUAUAUUUACAAAAAAUAUUUUUGCGGUGAAUAUUUUUUAUACAGGGUGGUCCGUAAGUAAUUGUACAAUGAGAAACAGAAGAUUCUUCAGUUCAAAAUAUUUCGACUUAAUCCAACUUGCUUUAAUAAAAUGUUGAUACUAAGAAAGAUACAGGGUGUUAAAUUUGAAAUUUAGAAUUGUAUUUUUCUCUAUAACUUUUUGUUUGUGGGCAUUUAUAAAAAUUUGUGACUGGGGGUUUUUGAAUGCGGAAUUAUAAUUUGAUGUAUACUUUAAUGUAGCUGAUAGAGGACGCCACAUAUGCUACGAUCUGGCAUACUUAAGGACUACCCUGUAUACUAUACAUUAAUGUGCAUGUUGUUUUUAGUUUUUUAUAUAUUGGGAGCAAAAAGUUAUACCUAUAUGUCACUUCUUACUCGCAAUACGUACAAUAUUUUUUCCACGAUCACAAUAAAGUGAAAGUAUUUUUAAAAUCACUUUUAUGAUACUAAUUACAAAAAAAUACAAUGUUGUUCUGAAGCUAUUUCCUUGUGGCGUUUUUAUAAUAAACUAUUUUUAAUGGGAAAUAAGCCACAAUUUUAUCAAAAAAAUAUUAAAAUAGAAAUUAAAAUAGAAACGUUAAUAAAAUCAUUUUUUUUUGGUAAAAUUGUGGCUUAUUUCCCAUUAAAAAUAGUUUAUUAAAAAAAUACAACAGUAGACUAAACCAUUUACUAACGUGGAAACUGAGAAUGUAGCCUACAUUGUUUUUUUUUGUGUCCUUUUAAUAAUUUUAUGUCGCUCUUUUGAUUUGUGUUUCAAAAUAUUUCACCAAAACCCGAAUUUUGUCACCAUAUUAUAUAAAAACAUGUUCAAAAAGAAUCUAGUCUGAAUUUAUUCAGCCUUAUUUAGUGAUGAACAAGGGUUAUGUCUUUGUUUUUUAAUGUGUUACAAAAAUCUAUUACUUUCAACAAUUUUGCUCCCAUCUCGAUCUAAAAGACGUAGAAUGUAAUCGAAUAUACCUACGUCAGGAUUAUAAGACCGGGGUAAUAUUUGCAGUUCACGAGAUCUCGGUCUAUAAGACUGUAGACUGAAGAUUGAGGUGGAUUGUAAAGCGAUUUUCUAUACGUUUGUUCCAACUCGAUACAAAACCGUUGUUGAACGGUUACGAUUAUGCGCAGUAACGAAAAAUGUGUUACUGCGUAUAAUUAUUCGUUAUUGCGCAUGCGCAUAACGAUUCAAGAACUUUAUAUCGAUUUGGAACAAACCUUAUGUACUAAACAUUUUUUGAAGUGAUAAAUAAAAUAAAUAAGAAAUUAAAGUUUUCAGUCCAUUGUAUAGCGAUGGUGUCCGUUAAAACAUAGAACACAAAUAAAUACUUGUCUUGUGAUAUUUUGUCACCUAGAAGCAGGGCUCAGAAAGAAACUGCCCCCUAAAUAAUUCAAUGAUGAACACGAGUUAUGUUUUCUGUUGUUUUAUUUACUUCUAAUUUGUUACGAGAACAUAUUAUUGUCUAGCACAUUGCCUACCACCCCGGUCUAUAGGAGAUCGCUGGGAAAAUUUACACUCAAAAUAAUAAAAUUCAGUUUGGCAACACUGUGUGAAUGUUGAUAGUAACAUAUCCCUUUUAAGAUAAACAGAAUUGUAAUUUAGCCCUGACAAAUUAUUAUAUUUUUUUGGCCAACAAAAAUGAGAUUUUUCAACCAAAUAAUGUUUCAAAUAUGAUGUGCAAAAUAAUUUUUAAUUGGGUUCUGUUAAUAAGCUUGCUUUUUUUGUCAUUAAAGUAGAAAAAACUUUAAAUUUCACUCAUUAAAUCAUUAUCGUCCAGUUAUCGUCUUAAUUAUUUUAACUGUACUAAUAUCCGUCGACUAAUUCUGAAUGAUUAAUGGGUCGUUAAAACAUUUUAUCUGUAGCGUCUUCUGGAAUUUCUUAAAAAUGUCGAAUUUCAUUGAUAAAAUGCGCAUAUCCCACUGAUCUUCGCUUCGACCAUACUCGAUUAUACGCCAUCUGGAUCUGUGAGGCAGAAGAUACUAUUUACAGUGUAGAUCAUUGCGGUCUAUAAGACGGAGUUACUUUUCUAACACUAUUGAUACUGUCUGGCAUGCAUUUAUCUAUAUUUUUAGACUCAGGUGGUCUGUAGAACGAUCGUCUUUAUGCCAAACAGAUCUUGAACUAUAAUCGUAACAAAAAUAGUAAUAAAAUAAAAAUGAAGAGACAGAGCAAGAGUUGUUGCUAUCCCUGUUGGUCUUUUCGAUUUUUUUUUAAUAUCUGGCCACCUUCCAACCGAGAGUUUCUUUGGUUUCUUGAAAAAACUAGGUACCAAAAUUUUUUUCGUGGUAAGUGUGCGCAUGCGCAAAAGUGACUUAUGGUGGCGUACCUGGGUUUUAAGACCGCUGGAAGUUUUGGCGUUUUCUAUAGGCAACAGUUUUUAAUUUCGAAAUAUUGGAAAUUAAUGGAAAAAGUUGUUUUAUGUCUUUUGGGUUUAUCUUUUGUAUGCCUUGUGGUUAAUCCAUAUGACAGACAAUGUGUUAAGAUAUUUGAUUGGCCAUUUCCAUUUUUAUUGUUACAAAUACACAUUUAUUUCUUGUAUAUGAAUUAUUACUAAAUACAGGGUGGUUUAUAAUUGACUGUCUUAGCAGUUUUAGUCUUAGGUUUAAAUUUAAGUAAAAUUUUGUAAAACACAAAAUAACGAACAAUUUUUCGCAGUAAAUAGGGUACUGUAUAUUGAAAAACCACGAAAGUUGACCACAAUAAGCUAUUCUCAACACGUACUUGAAAACAAUACAUUUAUUGAAGACAUUCUAGAUUUAAGAUUGACUUUGCGCAGAAACUAGUGUACUUGUCUAUAAUAAAAUAAUUCCAUAGAAACAAUUAACUUGUUUUUUACUGCAGGUAAGCUGAUUGCGAGUUUAUAGAAAUAACUUUAUAGUAUAUUAAAACAUACUGUACAUAUGACUGUCUAAUUGUAGGUCAGAUCCUAGAAACUCAAGUAAGCAAGAGAUCGACAACUUUUGCCCUUAUUGUACAUUAAAAGGCUAUCAAAGGCACUGAGUUAUUUACUAUAGUAAACUUAAACUAUUACAUUUAUUUGAAAAAUUUGCAUUUUCUUUACAAAAAAGCUCCAAAGACCAGGCUUGUAUAAGUACAUGUGCUCAAAAAUUGUUCAGCAAAUGGCUAUACUAAAUAAUACUGUAUAGUUUAUUAACUAUAAGUUGUUAACAAUAGUAGAUAAACAACAGCUCCGUGAGAUGUGAUACAGAAUGUGACAUUUGACACAGAACUCUGCAAUAAUAUGUGGCGCUCUGUACUCAUAGACAUAUUAACCAUAGACCAGGCUAGGUAUAUGCCGCUCAAUGCAUCGGGGUGUAACGUCAAUAUCAAGUACAGUGGUCUGGCUAUCUUUGUCUGUCGUACGAGUGUGACCGUAUCUACCAAGAGGUGGGAGUAAUGGAACGACACAGACACAGCGGCAGCGGCCAUCAUAUGCCGGAGAGAGAAAGCUAAGCGCCUGUAGAGAGAGAUAGAUAGCCCACCGAUGAACUGCUCCGCGUUUUUCGUACCUUGCCUAAUCUAUGUAUUCUAUAUCUAAUGUAAUCUAUAAUAUGCAAUCUAUAUAAUAUGUAAUCUAUAGGGCUUGUCAUUCACAGUCGUUUGUUUCGAGCUUCUGUCAUGUGCCACAUAAUAUUAAUAUAUUUACGUCAUACGUUAUUGGUAUAUGUAUAACAAUGAUACCAACCAAAGACGUAUGACGUAGAUAUAUUAUUAUUAUGUGACACAUGACAGAAGCUCGAAACAAAUGACAAUCGAUGAAAAGCCCUAUAUCUAUGUCUGUCCUACGUAACUACGUAAAUAUUGCGUUUCAUAUAAAUGUUGCAUUCUGUGUCCAAUGUCAAUUUUUGUGUCACAUUUCACAUAAAAGACGCUUUCCGUGAAUGUCACGUUUCACAUAAAAUCUCAAAUCUCAUGUUCUAUAUCAUAUGUCACAUGCAAUAUUAUGUUCCACCAGAGGUAUAUAUUGACAUAGAGUGAGCCUACUUUCCGCGCUUCCUUACGACAAGAUCUCAUGGACUGGUUUGCGGCAUUUCUUUCUAACACAUUGUAUCGAGAAACUAAGAUGACAUUCAGUGUGAGUAUAGGCACGGAAGGGGAGGACAACUGUAGCAGCUUUACUAUGCGUAAGAGUGAAACACUAAUGCAAAUAAAAAAGAUGGUGUCGUCACUUCGCUCUGAAUGACACUCUCUCUAUGCUAAUAUAUAACUCUAUGUGUUCCACAUAAAUGUUACGUUCGAUAUCAAAUGGCAGAUCAGAUGCCACAUUCUACGUCAAAUGUCAUAUAAAAUAUCACGUUAUAUCACGUCAAAUGUCAUAUAAAAUAUCAAUAUUAUGUAAAGAGAAGUGAAGAUAUGUACCUAAGACACCUUGACAUACCGACACUUUCAUCGUUUUCCAUUCGUUAAUUCCUAUCACGUGACACGUUGCCACCUCCUUGUACGUUAAGCCUUUUAGGCGCUACAAGUUUAAGACCUUUAUUUCAUGCUACCAUCUUGGAAUCGUUUCUUGUCAUCGUAUUCUACUUCUAUGAUGAGGUAUAUCGCAUGGCCCUGUCUGUUGAGCCGCUUUAGUUCUCUUUUUUUUGCUCUACGUUUGUAUACUGUUGGUUUUGCUGCCUUUAUUUCUUAUUGAUUGUAAGCAAACACGGCACAUACAUUGAGCUUUCCACUUGACACCUUUUCAUGAAAAAUUGUAAACAUAUCUAAUACUGUUAACAUCUUUGGUUCCUUUGCUAUCUCAAUAAUUUUAAUUUACGAUCACCGAGAACGAUUUUGUGUACGUUCUGAUGGGUUGGAGGAGCAAUAUUUUGUGGGUAAUACUAUUUUAUAAUUGAUAGACUUCAUUCCCUGGUACUAUUAUUGAAGAUACAACUUAUUUAUAGGGCUUUUCAUCGAUUGUCAUUUGUUUCAAGCUUCUGUCAUAUGUUGUAUAAUCUGUGUAUAGUGUAUAAUAUUAAUAUACACGGAUUAUACGACAUAUGACAGAAGCCCGAAGCAAAUGACUGUGAAUGAAAAGCCCUAUUCAUAAACUUAUGACAUUGUGUAACUUAUUACAACCACAGUUUAAUGCUACAGAAUCAGUUAAUUAACUCUCAAAUUUUGACGGUUGCAAUUUUGCAAUCGACUAGUGAGACAACAUUUUGAAUGCGCGACGAUAACGACAAAUCACGGCAAACAUAGGAUGCCGUUAACUGUCAUUCAUCUGCGCAAAUAACUAAAAUGUUUGAUGCGCAGUCCAUAGAGGUAUAUAUUAACAUAGAGGGAGCCUACCUUCCGCGCUUCCUGACAAGAUCUCAUGGACUGGUUUGCUGCAUCUCUUUCUAACACAUUGUAUCGAAAAUCUAUGAUGACAUUUAGUGUGAAUAUAGGCACGGAAGAGGAGGACAACUGUAGCAGCUUUACUAUGCGUAAGAGUCAAACAGCACUAAUCCAAAUAAAAAAGAUGGUGUCGUCACUUCGCUCUGAAUGACACUCUCUCUAUGCUAAUAUAUAACUCUAUGGCGCAGUCACCAAAAUGGAACAUAGGGAACAAAGGAUUUUCGCGGAGUGGCCGUAUUGGUUAUCAUUGUACUGUGGUACAACUGUUAAUAAGAUUACAAAAUAUAACUGCAUUAAUGACAUUGAUCAGUUAUGUACAGGUUCCGGAAACAAAUUUUAAGAAAAUUGUCAUUUCUUGGACCUUUUUUAAUUUUCUAAUUCAAAUAUUGUUACAAAGUAUCAUAAAAGCUAUAGUACUAUUAAGAACUUAAACCAAAGUUUAAUAUAUAAAUAAGUUGCGGUAAAGUUAAAAUUACGGUAGGUACUCAAAAAGCAAAACUAAAAUUCUAAUAUUCGAAAACAUUUUUAAAAAUUGUUGUAUUAAAUCUGACUCAAAAAUAUGAAUAACCGUCAAGUGCCAAUAUAAAUUAAUUGUUUUAUAUGUUAUAAUAAAAAUGUGUACCACUAAUUGUGUCUUUUUCUUACUUAUUGGGUCUUUUGUCUUUUGUCUAUGGAUCCUGACAGAUUAUAACACUUGAUAUGCUAUGACUUGAAAAUUUGUAAUAAGUGAUGGUUUCAGUUAACAAAACAUACAUUUUUGCAAUAUACAGCAGCAACAAACUUUUUGAAUAAAACCAAAUACUAUUGACUGUAAUACAUCCAACUCCCACAGAAAUCUGGAAGCACGUUGCCACUAGCGCCACUGUCGGCUUGCGGUGAAACUACGUUGUGACAACGUAAAAUUUGACGUAAACAUUCAAAUUUAAUUUUAUAAAUUUUUGAAUAACGAGCUAAUUUUGCAAAAUUAAAUUAAAAUAAAAAUAGUUCAAACAUUUAUACAAAAACAAUAAUAAAGCAAUUUUAUAAAUGUAAGGUUAGAUUGCUCUGGUUAUCACCGCAGACCACUAGAUGGCGCUAUUUUUUUGCUUCCUCAAAUGUAGUGGGAAAUGUCAAGAGUUGUAUGUAUUACAGUAAAUAGUAUUUGAUAAAACAUGUACAACGAAAUGUACCUAACUAAAAACAUAAAACAUAAGAAAAGCUUCAGAGCAAUCUUCAAAUGUACCCAUAUUUGAAGAUAUUUAGAACUUCAUAGUUUUCAUUUCAUAAGAAUAGUCCACAUUGAUAAUUUCACAAUAAUAUUUCAUCGUGAAGACUGUAAAUUAACAGCAAAAUUAUUGUGUCAUAUAAUUGUGCAAUAUAUUAAACAUCUAUGAGUUUUUUAGGGGACGUUUAAUAAUGAACAGCACAAGAGUGGGAACAGUAUUUAUUUUUUUAUUUUCUUAUUAUCACUGAAGAUGCCUCUAUAAGAACAAGAUUUCCUGGAAAGGCGUCUCUUUGCAAAGACGGUGAAGUCGACUUUACUAAGUAACAAGACAUUUACUCAAUACUCAAUACACACACUACACAUUACUCCCUUGAGCUAGUGAUAAACUAUAAUCUGAUUGCGACUGGCUGAAUGAUUAAUGUCAAUGUUACUAAAAAAAUCAACGGUGUUUCUUAAAAACUGUAAACUUAAAAAAUUAUUUAUGUUCAAUAUUUAAGGAUUAAAACAACUUUGUGCUGCUACUGCGGAGAUUGUAUUGUUUUGUUAAUGAAAUCAGUGUUGCUUUAUUCAACCAAUAUUCACUAAUCUUAAAAUCAUAAGUGUUCUGGUCAACUAAAUAUAUAUAAUGUAUAUAGCCGACAUGCACGUCCUACAUUUUAUGAAAAUAAUGGACAUUUUGAAAUAUACAAAAGAACAACUGCCAUUAAAAAGUUAUGAAAAUUGCCUUUUAAGCUGCCACCUUAACUUCUUGUCCUACAAGAUGCAAUGGCGGGAAAAAAUAGGUUAAGUUAGGUUAGGAUUGAAAUUUUGAUGUUCUUUUGAAUUUGUGAAGUGUAUAUUUGCAAUUUGUAAUAUGUAAUCCUCCUCUCUUGCGUUUUGAUUGCUUUUGAAGAGGAAAAUGGAGUUCUUCAAUUAAAUGAACAUUUUGAUAGACGAUAGUAUACUCCUGCAAUAACAAGGCUGUAUUCCCCUCAGUUCCAGUGUAGUUCUUGUAUCUGUUGUAUAUUUUCAAAUAGGUUGUUGUGCCUGAUUAUGUUUGAGGUAUGAAUUGAUUGCUGGCCAAUCCAACUGUCUAAGAUCCAUUUUAGUCAGGUAUUCUUGAACAACUCUCCCUACGUUAGCGUGAAAACCAUAACACAAUGUCUUAGAACCCCUAAAAGGCCAGGGAAGUACUGUGUAUAAAAAUUAUCUUACGCUUAUUUCUGAAGACAUUUCUAUCUAAUUCGACAAACAACGGCAGUUGUCUUCAUUGAAUAUCAUUGUCCAUACUAUAUAGGAAGUGCAUGACGUUGUGUGAUUAUAUGAAAACUUAUUUCUAUAGAACUGUACAUAACUUAGGUUUAUCUGGAUGCAUCUGUUUUUCUACUGAAGCCAUUUAUUUUUUCUAUCUUUAGUUUUUAUAGGUUGUGAUUUUUAAUAAUUUUAAUAUUAAUAUUCCCCUAAUUCCAGUAUUAUUAACGGUGGGGUGUCAUGUGUACUAGAAUAUAUUUAAAAUUGGAAAUAGUUUUCACUUUUUAUGACAAAAUAUAACUCUACAUAAGGAACCUGUGUUGAUUUAAUAAUUAUUAACAAGUAAAUACUUUUUUAUUGAGGCAAUGGUGAAUUGCUUAGUUUGCAGUCUAAAACACUCUUAAACUAAGUAUAUGACGCAUUUAUGCGUCACGAUGUAUGUGACGCAUAAGUUCGUCUUCGUCAUAAGAUCGCAUAGUCCCUACUACAGCGUUGAUCGAUCAUUUGAAUUACCUAUAUUUAACGGUCAUGGCGCAUAAGUGCGUCACAUGUUUUAAUAACGCUGCGAUUACCGUACUGGUGACCUAAUAGACCAAAUUUAACAAGAAAUGUAACAGCAGAUAUAAGGAAAUGGUAUUUAUUUAAGUUUUGAUUUUCUAGCCAAUUACGCCUUCCAGUAGGAAUCAGUGAGUGAGCAAUGACCUGGAUUUGAGACCGUAGUCCCUUACCCCAAUCUAAUCCACUGUUUGCCUGUCACUGCUCUUAUGUCAUCUAGCAAUCUAUUGGUCUCCAUUCUAUGUGACCGGCCCAGCGCUAUUUCAUUUCUGUAAUUUCUUCCCUGAUCUUCGUUCUACGUCUUAUCUACGUUUUGAUAACGCGUGUUAAGCGCUUGUCAUGUGAACGUACCCUUAGUCUUAAAUCAUAGAAUUAUAGAAAGUGAAAAACAUUUCUAAUAAAAAAAUUGUCUAUAAUUUAGUUGUAUGUAUAUGACGUUAUUGUUUCUUUCUUGUUACUUUUGAGUGAAUCAUCGCAAUAUUUAUUUAAGCAUUGGUGAUGUUUGUAAUAUUUAAAUUUAAAUUGUUAGGACCAAAAUAGAUUUCCACAUUUCAUAUUUAUUGUAUAAAGAGUUGCAGAUGUUUCAAUUAUAAUGAAGUUAAAUAUUGGUAAAAUAAAUUAUAAAAUAUUUAA